UUAAAUACAACAAACAAAACAUAAUAUAUAUUCAUAAUUUGAUAUAUUUUUGUAAGAUAUUAUUAUGCUCUUGAGGUACCACAAAUUAUUUUAAGCCAGGAGUGUCUGAAGUAAACACAUCUAGAAAGGUUCUCACCGGCGUCUCUAUUUUGGAUUGUAGGUAUAUGGUGGAGUGAGCGCAUUGGAUAUGGUGAGCCGGGUGGAUCAGAUCUAUCGUAGCAUUCUCCUAACAAAAUUUUUUGUGCGUGGCUGGGGCAAACCAGAAAAUCUUCGCAGACUUUUCGCUUUCCGGAAGAUCAUUUCUAAUCGUGAAAAAUGUCAACAGCUUGUAGACAAGAAUUAUCCAGUUACUAUAACAAAGGAAGUUACAAGUGGGGACCAUAUAGUUUGGGAAGCUGAAUUUAUCUCACCAUUUGUGGAUCACCUACCAGGUCUACUGCCUAAAGAAUCAGAGAAAGCCACCUUUCAGCUAGUGUUCCCUAAAGUAUGGCGCACCCACCUGAAGCCCACCUGCCUGCAUUUGGCAGGCACUGGAGACCAUGGGUUUUGGAGGAGGAAAAUGCUUAUGGGUAAACCACUCCUUGAUGACUCAGGAAUAGCAUCGGCCAUCCUCGAGAACCCAUUUUACGGUUGUCGGAAACCUAAGGACCAACUCCGUUCAAGCCUCCACAACGUUUCUGACUUAUUUGUGAUGGGUGGCUGCCUAAUUUUGGAGUCCCUGGCCAUAUUCCACUGGCUUGAACGAAUGGGCUUUGGACCACUUGGAAUUACUGGAAUAUCCAUGGGUGGUCAUAUGGCAUCUUUAGCAGCAACCAAUUGGCCUAAACCUCUGCCGUUGGUGCCUUGCUUGUCUUGGAGCACAGCAUCAGGAGUGUUCACUCAGAUGGCUUCAGCAGCUGCAACCAGUUGGCAUAAGCCUCUUGCAGUCGUCCCGUGUCUGUCGUGGACCACCGCAUCCCAGUGCUUCACUCAGGGUGUGCUCAGUGGAUCUAUCAACUGGGAGAUGCUCAAAAACCAGUAUUUUUCCAAUGAAGUAUUCAGAGAGGAGCUGUUUAAUAUGAUUCAGUCACCAGAAGGGCAUUUCCCAGUUUACCAUGAAGUGGGAUUGAAAUUUGCCCGGGACUUCCCAGGCAGCUUGUCCCAUGUGGAACGUCUGAUGGAAGAUCAGGGGCAAGAACAGAGAAGUGGCAAUGUUUGGGAUACUGGCAGUGACAAAAAUAUUAGAAAUGAGUGCAAUUUAAAACAUGAUACAAAAAGUACUCCAAGAAUAAUAAACAGUAGCAAAAUGCAGAGUACAAGUACAAACACAGUGUCUCAGUACUAUACAGACACAGUUCACAGUGUGGCUUCCAGUGGAGGCGGUGGUCCACUGGGUAUCAGCCUUUCUCUCCCGAGAUUUAACAUUUUGCAAAGUUUUGGUUUUUCAAAGUCAAAAAUCAAUAAGGAUCAGUCAUCACAAAAUAAGGAUGUUACCUCAAACAAUAUGGUUAUUGGUUCUAGAAAAAACAAAUCUAAAAUAUCUACACCAAUUCAUGAACUCUCACCUGUAGGGAUCAGACCCAAGAAAUCUGUGAACACAAAGACGGUAAAAUUUGAGCCCUAUGUGCGAGUGAAAGACACCCUAACGUGGGAGGCAGUGCAGUUCAUGCGUGGGGUCAUGGAUGAGUGUACACAUUUGGGUAACUUCAGCGUGCCAGUGGACCCCUCACUGGUGAUUAUUGUUGCUGCUGAAAAUGAUGGGUACAUGCCUCGUGAUGGAAUAAUACCUCUCACAGAAAUCUGGCCUGGAAGUGAGGUUAGAACUCUUCGCACUGGUCAUGUUACUGCCUAUCUUUUUAAUCAUCAAGUAUUUCGACAAGCUAUCAAAGAUUCAUUUGAUCGGGUUAUAGCAAAGUACUACAGUUGAAGACUACAGCAUCACCUGCAUUAAUUAUGGGAUUUACUCUUGUUAAAUAACUUGUAUUUCAUGUCUAAGAAAACUCAUUUUUAUAAAAUCACUUCACUGCCAUUUUGUCUUGAAAGACAAACAUUUUUAUACUUGUAAAGACUCGGUAAAUUUCUGUGUAUAUAACAGUUAGUAAUUGCCUUCUUGGCAGCCAAAAAUAGCCAUCUCAUUUUUAAGUACAGUAAGUAUAGACUAUGAUCCAUGCUUCAUGUCAUGGGGCUGUAGUAUGGCAUCUGAAGAUGAAAACAGUCCUAUGUGUGGGGUAUGGUAAAAAGCUUUUAAAUCUAGUGAAACUAACUGCCUUUGAGAUAACACACAUAAACCCUGAUUGUUAAUUUGAUAUUAAUUUCCUAUCUGUUAUUUAUCACUCAAAGUUGUUUUUAAAAUGUCGCUAUCAGUGAAAUGAUUGUACUGUAUCUCUUUACAUUUGUUUUCUUCAGACUAUUCCUAUGUAAUAUCAGUUAGUAGAUUAAAAUGCUGAAAUGUCAAGUGUUGAGUGGGAUCUAUAGUUCAUAGAAAGUACUGUAAUUCUUUGAGUUACUAAUGCAAUUGUAGUUUUGCUACUUUUAUACAAAAACCUAACUUUGAGCAUCCACAGUCACAUUGUCAUAUUUAGGAAGAUGCUCAUUGAGCAAACUAACCCUUAAGAGAUUUUGGGUCACUUUUUAUUAAUACCAAGCCUAGGAUAAUAUAUAUCCAUAGGUUGGAGAACUGGUAAGAGUAUGAUGGUUUUAGGUGAUGACAAAAGUUACCUGACUGGCUCAUUGAUUAUUACAGGAAAUUUAUACAAAUUUGUAUUUACAGCACAAUGACCAAAUGGCUUUGUUUUUAAAGCUUUAUUAUUUAUGCAGCUUUCCUAAAGGUGGUUAAUACAGUACUGUAUGAGGUAAUGUAGAGCUAUGAAUUUAAAUGCUUUUUUUAUAAGUAUUUACCAAAUCUCUGAUUAAAAUUUAUUAAGAGAUUUUAAAUGUGUGCUCUGUGUUAUUGAAUUGUUGUACUGUUUAAUGGUUUUAAGUACAGCAUAACCAAGGGUGUAGUAUAUGGAUAUUUGUGGAAAGAAUGUAUUGGAUGCAUUAACAAACUUUUUUUCACCUAGUCAAAUUUUCAGUAAUGUGAGUAGGCUGGUUCAAAAUAUCAGUUUCAAUUGUAUCCAGAUGUUUGAAAAAUAAUUGAAAUACUUAAUAAUAUAGGUGCAAUAACUACUCUGUUUUUACACUGAGCUUCUGACUUUAAUUCUAAUGUUAACUUCUUAAAUAAUUGAAGCAUUUAAAAAGACUGAAUGAUGAGUGAUGGGUUGGUAAACCAUUAUUUUGCUCAAUCAAAGUGUUACUUGUAAAUCCAGUUGUCAUCAUUAUCAUUCAUCAUCAUUAUUUCAUCAUAAUCAUUAUUAUUUCAACAUAAUCAUUAUUAUUUCAUCAUCAUCAUUAUUAUUUCAUCAUCAUUAUUUUUUCAGCAUUAUUAUUUCAUCUUCAUUAUUAUUUCCCCAAUUCCCACUUUCAUGGGGUUGGAUCCCAAUGAGUAUAACGCAAACUAUGAAUGUUUUGUUUUAAUUUGUAAUACCCUACAGUCUACAUUAAUACACUUAUACGAGUUACAAGCCACAGGCAUGAGCCUUGUUGUGUUCAAAGACUGUAGACAUGAGACAAAAAUAAAUCAUUCAAGUAUGUCUGUGAACGUGUGUGGUGUAUAUGAAGUGAAAGGCAAGAAGACACGUAACAUACACUGGGUGUUGUGAGAUAUUAUAAAACAUUCUUUCUUGAAUGUUACUUUGUGAUCUUUGUAUUCUAGAUACUAACCAAAACAUGUAUGCUUUGUGAAACAAUGAAAUUUUGUUUUCCAUGCAAAUAUAUUGUGUAUAUGAAAAAUUUGCAUAUAUUUUAUACCUGUUAAUUACCCAUUAUUCAUCCAAUGGCAAUAAUUAUAAAUUAGUUUUUAAUGAACUAGACCAAGGUAAGUGCAAAGUUGCUUACUCUUGAUGAAAGAUGAGAAUAUAUGUAAAGCACAUCGUCAAAUAUGCAGAUGACACUGAAGCUCUAUGAAUAAACUAGGAAGUAAAAAUGAUAUUGAGACCUUGCAAAAAAAUAGAUCUACAUGAACUCCACAAAUGAUUUGAAGACUGACAAAUACUUAUCAAUAUUGAAAAUGCAAGACUUUGCAUGUGGGAAAUAACAAUGUAAAUCAUGGCAUUGAAUUUCUUCAAAAUCCCCUUAAAUACUGAUGUGCUUAUUAUAGUGUACAGUAUUGUGCUAGAAUUAGGUAUCUGGAGCUUUGCAGUUACCUUACCCACUCUUGAUGAUGUCAUCAUAAUGCAUCCAAAAUUUGCCAAUGCAAGCUAAUGAUCAUAUACCCCUGAAUGACUAACUGCUCUGCGAGAUGAAUUUUAGUAUCUUUAGCUAGUACUGUAGUUUUUUGCUCACUUUAUCAUUAAGAAUUAUAUAUAUGGUAAUUCUUUGUAUAUAUUUUUAAUGAUAAAAAAAUGGAAUAAAACUUUAAUAAAUAC